UCGUAACCCCGCCCUCCUCGCAGCCCGCGUUUGUUUCCCGCGAAGGGAAAGCUUUUUUUAUGUGGCGUCGGCAGCCAUAGUUCACUCAGUUAGCCACCGCUACUUGACAUUAAAGGUCUGUCAUGGCGAAGCAAAGCUCACUUUUCAAUUUCUUCACCAAGUCUCCACCGUCGGCACCCAAGCCGAAGCCUAAUGCUCACCCGGUCGAGGCUGACCUGCCGUCGUCCGUCGACAAGUCCAACUCGUCUCCGAAAGAAGAAGCUAAACUACCGUCGAGCAAGGCCACCAAAGUCAAGUCGAAAGGUGCCUUAAAAAAAGCUAAAGGAGGAUUCAACAAGCUGUUCGGCGACAAAGCGUCAACAGCCAAGGAUACCGGCCCCAAAUGCUCAUUUAGCGCUGGUGCUCUUGUGUGGGCAAAGUUGGAGGGGCACCCUUGGUGGCCAUGCAUGGUGGUACCACAGCCUCUGACUGGACAGCAGAUGCGAGGCCGUGGUCAGGCUCAGCGCAUGCAUGUCCAUUUCUUUGAUGAUCCACCUACUCGGGGAUGGGUCAGCGUUAAAUACGUCAGAGAAUACCAAGGUUCCGACAGCAGCGACGCUAAAACCGGUGGGGGGUUUUUCAGUGGAAAGCCUGAAAUACGCCGUGCAAUGGAUCUUGCAGACAAAGUUAUGUUCGAAAGCCCAGAGAAAAGAUUGAAGAUUCCACUCAACACAGAUGCCUCAGAUGAUGAGGAGGAGGAAGAAGAAGAAAUGGAGCUUGACAAAUCGACUGUGACUGAUGACGACGUCAGCGAUGACAAUCAACAAGAAAAUGAAGAAUCUAAGUCAUCAAAGGUCAGUCAACGUUCAACCCGUUCCAAUGGAAACAAGGCUAAGCGACGCCGGAUUGUCGUGGCCUCGGACAGCGAGGCAUCCGGUGACGAAUUCAAACCUGAGCAAGCCGCAAGCAGCAGCGAGGAUGAAGAGGAAGAAAGCACAGUGAGCAGUGAGGCUGAAGAAAAGGACAGUGAACACGAGUCUGAGCUAGACAGUCCUGUUAAACCUGUGAAGCGUAAGCGUCCCGCAGACAAGCCUGCCAUAGCGAAGUCAAAGAUAUCUAGUACCCCCUCUCAUGUGCCAAAACGAGCCCCAGCACCUCUCAAGGCUGACACAAAGUCCCGUUUGUCUGCCUUUUCUGCCCCUGACAGUUUUGAAAGUCAGGCCAGUGGGUCAGGCACAAGUGAAGGGGCCACCAAUUGGGACCAUGAGAAGCUGGAGUGGCUGCAGGAUCACAGGAGGAAAGACGGGAAGAGACGACGAGUGUCUGAGGACGAUUACGACCCUACAAGUCUGUAUGUGCCAGAAGACUUCCUCAACAGAGUCACUCCUGGCAUGCGUCAGUGGUGGCUUAUCAAAUCCGAGAUGUUUGACACAGUCAUUUUCUACAAGGUGGGGAAGUUCUAUGAGCUUUACCACAUGGAUGCCGUGAUCGGAGUCAAUGAGCUAGGACUGACUUUCAUGAAAGGCACGUGGGCACACUCGGGUUUUCCAGAGAUUGGUUUUGCACGCUUCUCCAAUGUACUGGUCCAGAAGGGCUACAAGGUGGCUCGUGUGGAGCAGACUGAAACCCCAGAGAUGAUGGAAGCACGUUGUAAGACCCUGUUUAAGCCCACCAAGUUUGACCGAGUGGUGAAAAGAGAGGUGUGCAGGAUCAUAACACGAGGCACCCAAACCUAUAGCGUGUUGGACGGUACUCCUGCAGAGAGUCAGAGCAAGUUUCUGCUGAGUGUAAAGGAGAAGAUGGAAGACGAAGGAAAAGGUGGAUGUUGUCGUAGCUAUGGCGUCUGCUUUGUAGAUACCUCUGUGGGCUACUUCCAUGUCGGACAGUUUUCCGAUGACCGCCACUGUUCACGUCUGCGCACCCUCAUAGCCCACUUUGCACCUGCUGAGGUGCUUUUCGAAAAGGGGAAUCCAUCUGUUGAAACACGCAAAAUACUCAAGGCCUCUCUGUCCUCCGCACUGCAGGAAGGAUUAAAUGCAGGCACGCAGUUUUGGGAUGCUCAGAAGGCCCUAAAGACCCUUUCAGAAGAAGACUACUUCAGAGAAAGUGCAGGGAAGGACCACAAGACAGGGAGACAUUUCCUACCAGCUCUUCUAAAGACAAUGACCUCUGAGAGUGAUUCACUGGGUCUUACCCCAAAGGAGGGCUACGAGUUGGCACUGUCGUCAUUUGGUGGAUGCAUCUUCUACCUGAAGAAGUGUCUGGUAGAUCAGGAGCUGCUCUCCAUGGCCAACUUUAAAGAGUACACCCCUGUUGAUGUUGAAAUGGAGAAAGCUGCCGGACAGACAAGCUUCUUCGAUCAGACUUGCCAGCGCAUGGUCUUGGACGGGGUGACUCUGGCAAAUCUUGAAAUAUUUCAGAACGGCUCUGGGGGGACAGAAGGGACAUUGUUGGAGCGCUUGGACACUUGCUGCAGCCCAUUUGGCAAGCGUCUGCUCAAGCAAUGGCUCUGUGCUCCUCUUUGUAACCCCAAAUCCAUCCUGGAUAGACUGGAUGCAAUAGAAGACCUCAUGGGUGCUCAAGCUCAAGUUUCUGAAGUUUCCGACUUGCUCAAGAAGCUACCUGACUUGGAGCGUCUCCUGAGUAAGAUUCAUAGCAUUGGCACACCUUUGAAGGGACAUGACCACCCAGACAGCAGGGCAGUUCUCUAUGAGGAGGUCACCUACAGCAAGCGGAAAAUAGCAGACUUUCUGUCAGCUCUUGAAGGUUUCCAAACUAUGCAAGAAAUUAUCAACGUCUUCACGUCCGUCGUUGGUGAUUUACAAUCCACAUUACUCCACCAAGUGGUCAGUCUUAAGAGCGACAACAGCAAGGGCGUCUUUCCAGAUCUCUCUGCUGAACUCAAGCGCUGGGAAAAGGCCUUUGACCACAAGAAAGCUCGCACCACGGGCGUCAUCACCCCAAAGGAAGGCUUCGACCCGGAGUAUGACCAAGCUCUGACGGACAUCAAGAGUAGCGAACAAAAGCUACAGGAUUACCUGGACCGACAGAAGAAAAGGCUUGGGUGUAAAAACAUGGCCUAUUGGGGCACAGGGAGAAACCGCUAUCAGAUGGAGGUGCCCGACAGUGUCUCGGAGAGAAAUAUCCCAGAGGAGUAUGAGGUGAAGUCGACAAAGAAAGGCUGGAAGCGUUACGUUACAAAGGAAACUGAGCAGCUCUUUUACGAGUUGCAAGGCUUUGAGGAGAAGAGAGACGCUGCCCUGAAAGACUGCAUGAGGAGGCUGUUCUACAACUUUGACAAGAACUACAGCGACUGGAAGACUUCAGUAGAGUGCAUGGCCGUGCUUGAUGUGCUGCUGGCUUUGUCACGCUACAGUCAGGGGGGAGAUGGACCAAUGACCAGGCCGCAGGUGGUCCUCCCCGAUGGCGAUGAACAGGUAGCGCCCUUCCUCGAUCUCAUCGGGUCCCGCCACCCGUGCGUCACCAAGACUUUCUUUGGCGACGACUUCAUCCCGAACGACGUCUACAUCGGCUGCAGCAGUGAGGAACCCGAGGAGCAGAGUCAUCGCCAUGCCUCUUGUGUCCUGGUUACGGGGCCCAACAUGGGCGGGAAGUCGACUCUCAUGAGACAGUGUGGACUAGUGAUCGUGCUCGCUCAGCUGGGCUGCUUUGUCCCCGCCGAGAGUCUGCGCUUCACGCCGGUCGACCGAGUCUUCACUCGCCUCGGCGCUUCGGAUCGUAUCAUGGCUGGAGAAAGCACCUUCUUUGUUGAACUGAGCGAGACCGCCUGCAUCCUGCACCACGCCACCAAACACUCACUUGUGCUUCUGGAUGAAUUAGGAAGAGGCACAGCCACAUAUGACGGCACGGCUAUCGCCUGUGCCGUUGUGAAAGAGCUUGCUGAGAAGAUCCGCUGCCGCACGCUCUUCUCCACGCACUACCACUCACUGGUGGAGGACUACGCCAACAACCCCGCAGUGCGCUUGGGUCACAUGGCGUGCAUGGUGGAGAACGAGUGCGAGGAUCCCAGUCAAGAGACCAUCACGUUCCUGUACAAGUUCAUCUCUGGCGCCUGCCCCAAAAGCUACGGCUUCAACGCCGCUCGCCUCGCCAGCCUUCCAGAGGAGGUGAUCCAGUCGGGGCACAGAAAGGCCAGAGAGUUUGAGAAGAACACCAUCAGCCUCAGACUCUUCAAGAAGCUGUGCCAGUUUGCAGAAGACUCCACACUGGACAAAUCCCACUUUGCUGCACUUGCUGAGAUGAUCCACACACUGUAGUUAAGGAAAGUGACCAAUUGUUUUUGUACUACAUGUUGGGUGGUAUGAAUGGCCUGGUUCGACUGUACCAUCAGUUCAGAAAAACACUACUGCCAUGAUCCAAUAAAGUUUAUUUUUUUUAAAAAAGGACAAUGUUUCACCUAGGAAAUUAAACCCUUUUAAUUCAAACUAGAGCCUACAUAACGGUUAUUGAAUACUUCACAAUAUAUUAAGUCUAGAUGUUAUGAUACAUGCAUACAUUUCAGUCUGAAUGAGAACCCACAAUCACCAGUACACAUGAAUGGGGGAGGGGAAGGGUAUAAUGAAGCCAUAUAGCGCUGUGUGUAAAAUACUUGUCUCAGCUUCAGUGGAGUAAAAGCCUAAAAGGUUCUCCUGCAACAUUGGCAAAUAAAAACACAAUUCACAGGACCUGAUUCGGUAGCAACAAUAUCUCGUAGAAAUAAGGAUUUUGGUCAUGUAUUUUAGAUUCUGUACCUUUUUUAACAUGAAACAGUCACGUUUUAAGUUUGAAAAGAAAAGAGCAGACUAUCAAGUCCAACAAAUACAAUAAGUAUAUAACAUUUCAACAGUUCCUUAGAAUAAAAAAAAGAGGCAGUGUUGCAGGAGAAACCAUUAAAGUGUUUCCCUCAUCUCUUUCACAGAAAGAAGUUAGAUACUGCGACAUGAGUAUACUUACAGCAAUUCUGGGAUAUAAUAAAACAAAAAAUAAAACAUUUAAUAAAAUAAAGACAUUCAAGUACAGUAAGAUUUUUGCAUGAAAAUACAAAACUACACAAAAAGCAUUAAAAUCAAAUCAAUUGUGUUGAGUGAAAAAAAGCUGAAGUGCUAGGUCAUUUUUCCUCAUAUGUAUUUAGCGAG